AUGGAGCAGACCCAGGAGUUCAAGUCCUUGCAGGACCAAGUCCAAGCUGCUCUGAUCUCCACGACGCGAACUACGGGUCAGAUAUCCGCAGAAGAUUUGGGGUUCCAUCGGACCUUCAACCCAGAAGUCGGCACUGCUCUUGACGAACAAAGCGAACGCGUACUUGCUCUGGCCAGCGCGUUGCUCAAAUCGGCAACUUCGAUAUCAGAUCUACAGGCGCCGAGGUUGGAGGACGCGGAUGAUGUGGAGACAAAUUGGCGCAAUGUGGUGGACGUUGUUGAUUCCUUGCUAGAGAAGUCCGACACCUGCCUCGACGAAUAUACUGGGGUGAUCAAGCGCAAGGAUUCCACCAAUGCUGAGCCAUCUACCCAGGUGAGGCAGCUUAUAGCCCCAGUGCUAUUUCCAAAAGCUCACCGUUUGCAGAUACCAUCAAGGUUUAAGAAACAAGGGCAAGGAAAUGCUUACAGAAAUCAAAAUCUGCUCAAGCCCCAACUCGGCUUCAACGUCAAACCAGAUAACAACGACGACUCGCCCUGGAAGCCUAUCCUCUCCGCGAAGCCACAUGCCAUCACCCCCUUUGAAAAGAGUCUUAAUACCUUCACAAACGAAUUUGGACAGUUACAGUAUUGCCAUCCUUACGAGCAUGAGAUCCUACACCUGACAUAUCCACAAUCCAUAUACCAAAAAGCAGACCCCAUUCCCUACCUACCCUUCGAGACAACCUCUGCGACUUUCGUUGAUACCGAAGAGGGUGUGCGAGAGAUGCUCGAGGAGCUCAAGGAAGCCUCUGAAAUAGCAAUUGAUCUUGAGCACCAUGACCAGAGAUCAUACGUGGGCCUGGUUUCUUUGAUGCAAAUUAGCACUCGGGAAAAGGAUUGGAUCGUGGAUACACUGAAACCUUGGAGACAGAACUUACAAGUACUCAAUGAAGUCUUUGCUGACCCAAAGAUCAUCAAAGUCUUCCAUGGAGCUUUCAUGGACAUUGUAUGGCUUCAACGGGAUCUUGGUCUCUAUGUAGUUGGACUGUUCGAUACGCACCAUGCGAGCAGAGCUUUGGGCUAUUCUGGGGCGAGUCUGGCAUUCCUACUCAAAAAAUUCAUUGAUUUUGACGCCGACAAGCAAUACCAAAUGGCCGACUGGAGGAUCCGACCACUGCCAGCUGAGAUGUUCUUCUACGCCAGAGCUGAUACGCACUUCCUUCUGUACAUAUUCGAUAUGGUCCGCAACGAGCUAAUUGAUAGGUCAAAUUCAGAAGUACCAGACGAGAACAGACUAGAGAUCACGCUUCAAAAAUGCAAGGAAACUUCUCUUCUUCGCUUUGAGCGCCAAGUCUACAACACAGACAGUGGAAAGGGUCCUGGAGGAUGGUUCUCGCAACUCAACAAGACGCCAUCUCUACUCAGCAAUGAGCAAUUUGCCGUCUUCAGAGCGGUGCAUGGGUGGCGGGACAAAAUUGCUCGAAUUGACGACGAUAGUCCGACAUUUGUGCUGCCUCAACACGCAGUCUUGACCCUGGCGAAGCUGAUGCCGAUGGACAUGGUUGGUGUCCUGGGACUUAUCAAAUCAGGCUCACACAGCGUAAAGUCUCGUGCAGCUGAGCUACUCGAUGUCAUCAAGUCGGCCAAAGCCCAAGGGAAAAACGGUCCAAGCAUGAUAGACAUUCUCCGAUCCGACAAAUCAUCCUCCACCCAAUCUGCAAUCCCUGAAUUCAAAGUUUCGGCUGCGAUUGCAAAACAGGCCCCACAGACUUUGGUCGCAGUAAUGGACGAAAGCGAACUUCGCAGUUCGAACUCGACCUUCUGGGGUGGUGCGUUUGGAAGCAGCAUGUGGGAUACCCCAGAUUCGCCUCGCAAGAAGGCUGGCAAGAACGAAAAUCUGCGUCUCGCUGUCCCUCUGCCACCAUUGUCUUCCGAGAUCUUUGGUACGCCCCAAGGCUUUGCCGAGCAAGCUGAAGUUGCGCAAGAGACGCCUCUUCCUGACAGCCCACCACCCCCUCCCCCUCAAGUUGAAGAAGCAUUCGUCCUGAAGCGGGGUGCGAAGCGGAAGAGCGAGGCCAUGUCAGAUGUCGAGCAGGAAGGCGAUGGCGAAUUCGAUAUAUCUCUAGAUAUCGAAGAUGAAGACAGAAAAUCUUUAAAGGCCCGACGCAGAGCCGAAAAGAAAGCACGCAAAGCAGCCAAGAAGAAGGCAGCAGAGGCAGCCGAGGCAGUCGAGGAUAAUGUAGAGGAAUACGAUGAAGAGCCCUUUGAUUACAGUAAAGCCGAUUCAGUGCUGCAUGGUAAGAAGGGCGUGGACAAGGGCGGUAAGAAGAGUAAGCAGAAGCCGAUGGAUCCUUACGUAAAGAGUAUGGAUGCGCCGAAGGGGAUGAGGAGGUUGCAGACUGAGAGGGCGGGCAAGAGCCAUACAUUCAAGAACUGA